AUGCCAAAGAGGAGAGUCAGGGACACAAUGUAUCCUGUUCGAUCAGGAACAAGGUCACCCAGUUGGGGUUCAAAGAUGUCAUUGUUCCGCUACUACUUAUAGAGACAGUGGCCUUGCUUCUCCCAGCACACACUUGGGAGCAACUUCAGAGCCUCCUCCAAGAUGCUGGUGGUCCUGCUCACAGUGGCUUUGUUGGCUCUCAGUUCAGCUCAGAGCCCAGAUGAAGGAUUCUCCGUAGGAUCCCCUGUUGGUGGCCAAAACCGUGACCUUCAAAGUGAAGCCCCGCAAGCUAAAAAAGGGGUUCCGCGGCCACCGCAGCCACCACAACGAACACAACAAAGCCAGUGGGCACAGUGGGCACCGCAACAAGCCGUUCAGCAGCCACAAGAACGUCAGCAGUUACGGCAGCCACAGGAACGUCAGCAGAUAUGGCAGUCACAAGAACGUCAGCAGAUACGGCAGCCACCACCGUCUCAGGGGCAGCUGCCCCAACAAGAGUCUCAGCAGCGUCUGCCCCCACGACAGCCUGCGCAGUCACAACAGCCUCAGUGGCAGGGACAACAGCUGCAACAAAAUAGCAGAAAGUGAUUCAAAAAAUCAUAAGAAGACAAUGUCCUUAGAAGAUGAUGACAUACUAGCACUGUAAUUAUAGCUUUCUUUAUCUUCACUCUACCAAUAAAACGAUGAGCAUGCAA